UUUUUAAUUUCCACCAAACUACCAUACGAGCUCUCUCUCUCUCUCUCUCUCUCUCUCUCUCUCUCUACUGGUGUGUCUGUGUGUGUGGAUCGGUCUCAGGCAGCAGCUCUCAGAUGUGUUGCUCCCUCUACGCUCGCAUCGUCUCCCUCCUCUUCCACAAAUUCAGGUGUUCCAUUAAUUCGAUUUUCUCAGCUCUCGGAUCAAUUCGACACUACGCUUGAGACGAUUUUGAUUUGCGAUUCGCGGUUUCCGGUUCUGGAAAUCAUUGAUUGCGAAAAAGGACCUAUCUUUUGGGUUUUUGAUUCAGGUUGUCAAGCUACUCUUUGCAUGGUCUUUGCUUGUUUUGAUAGAAAUUAGGAGAUGAGUCGAACAACAAGUGACAGUGAAGAUGGAAUGUUUUCUAAGGAUCAAAUUGAGUCGCCGUUAAUGGAUGAGAAUAACGGAGGAAUUGGAAAUGGCGGAAUUAUUCUAAAGAAAGGGCCAUGGACAACGGCUGAAGACGCAAUUUUGGUGGAGUACGUUAAGAAGCAUGGGGAAGGAAACUGGAAUGCUGUUCAGAAGCACUCAGGACUGUUCCGCUGUGGCAAAAGUUGCCGGCUGCGAUGGGCAAAUCACCUAAGGCCGAAUCUGAAGAAAGGGGCCUUUACUCCAGAAGAAGAACGUUUGAUUGUUGAACUCCAUGCAAAGAUGGGAAACAAAUGGGCGCGAAUGGCGGCACAUUUACCUGGCCGUACGGAUAAUGAGAUAAAGAACUACUGGAAUACCAGAAUUAAGAGACGUCAGCGAGCUGGCUUACCACUUUAUCCUCCUGAGCUCAGUUUGCAAGCAUCGCAGGAGAGUCAACAAGGCCAUUCCGGUGGUGCACUUAAUGGCACAGACAGAGCACAUCAUGAUUCCCUCCAAUCUAACAGUUACGAGAUACCUGAUGUUGUAUUUGACAGUUUGAAAGGGAACAAUUGUGUCUUACCUUAUGUUCCUGAGCUUCCUGAUAUAUCUGCAAGUGGCAUGCUGAUGAAAGGCCUUGGUUCUUCUCCAUAUUGUGGUUUUAUGCCACCAACUAUGCAUCGCCAAAAGCGUCCUCGAGAAUCAACGGCGUUAUUCCCUACUUCUGGCAGUAGCUUUAGAGAUGGUUUUCCCCAGUUCGAUCAAUAUGAAAAUGAUGCUUGUGAUAAAGUUGCUCGACCGUUUGGGUUGCCAUUUCUACCUGAUCCUGAUCCUACCACCAAGAGUCCACUUUCUUUUGGUGUAAUUCAGGGUUGCCAUUCCCUUUCAAAUGGCAAUUCUUCGGCUUGCAGACCCACUUAUGGGCCUGUGAAGCUGGAGCUCCCUUCACUCCAAUAUCCAGAAACUGAUUUAGGUAGCUGGAGCACUUCUCCUCCUCCACCCUUACUUGAAUCAUUUGAUAAUUUUAUCCAGUCUCCUCCACCUGUUGGUGCAUUUGAGUCAGAUUGCGCCUCACCACGUAACAGUGGACUGCUAGAUGCUUUACUCUAUGAGUCAAAGACUCUUAGUAGUACAAAGAAUCAUUCAACAGACAAGAGUUCAAUUUCAUCUAGCGUUACUCCUGGGGAAGUGGCUGAUAGUUCCACUCUAAAUGUAUGCGAGACAGAAUGGGAAGAAUAUGGCGACCCAAUAUCUCCAUUGGGCCAUUCUGCUACUUUGCUGUUCAGUGAGUGCACUCCUAUCAGUGCCAGUGGAAGUUCAUUGGAGGAAGCGCCACCUGCUGAGACCAUUACUGGAUCCAAUGUGAAACCUGAACCAGCUGACCAUGCUUGGACACCUGAGAAACAAAAAGAAAGUUCACCUCCAUUGGAUUACAUUCGCCCUGAUGCAUUACUUGGUUCAGAUUGGCUGGAGCCAAGUACUGGGAUUAAAGAUCAAUCAAUCAUGAAUAUGAAUGAUGCUAUUGUAUCACUUCUGGGUGAGGAUUUGGUCACUGAAUACAAGCACAUGGCUUCUGGAACUUCUACAUCAAAUCAAGGGUGGGGUCUCGGUUCUUGCCCGUGGAACAACAUGCCUGCCGUCUGUCAAAUGACGGAUCUUCCUUGAGAAAUGCUCUGUUUAGUGUAUGAAGUUGAAACAUUUUGUCCCCUGUUCUCAUGUUGUUGAUUUUGUUAGCUGUGGGAAGUGAGUCCUGGCUAUGUCCUGGUCCGAGAGACGCCAGUUGUGAACUUGCGAUUGAGACUUGUGGUCCUGUUUUGUAUGAUUUGGUCAUUGUUGUUUUUUGUUCGUGGUUCACUUGAUUUCAUGUAUGCCUGAACAGAACAUGUGAUCGGGGUAUA